UUUCUUCAAAGACCAACCCCCUUCCCAUCCCUUGUUUCUUUCUUUGUAUUUUCAUCGUAGAUUGAGUAGUAAUGGCCGAUCAGCUCACAGAUGAUCAGAUCUCGGAGUUUAAGGAAGCUUUCAGCCUGUUCGAUAAGGAUGGAGAUGGUUGCAUCACUACAAAGGAGCUUGGAACAGUUAUGAGGUCACUUGGACAAAACCCCACGGAGGCUGAACUCCAGGAUAUGAUCAACGAGGUCGACGCUGAUGGAAACGGUACUAUUGAUUUCCCUGAGUUUCUUAAUCUGAUGGCCAGGAAGAUGAAGGACACAGACUCUGAGGAGGAGCUCAAGGAGGCUUUUCGGGUUUUCGACAAGGACCAAAACGGUUUCAUUUCUGCAGCUGAGCUUCGUCAUGUUAUGACAAAUCUUGGUGAGAAGCUGACAGAUGAGGAAGUGGAUGAGAUGAUUCGUGAGGCUGAUGUGGAUGGCGAUGGACAGAUCAACUAUGAGGAAUUCGUCAAGAUCAUGAUGGCCAAAAGAGCAAAGGCUAGUAGAAAGCAGGGAAGCAUGCAAUCAAGAUCCAAGUCCUCAAGCUCAAAGAGUGGUUGGAGAAGAGCCCGUGGGGGUUGUUUCAUCCUCUAAAACGCCAUCAUACGUUUUGUGAAAUAAAUUUUUAUUAAAUCCCAAAAUCAUUAUGCCGUUUUACUUCGUAUUGGCAUUUUAGAAUGCAUACGUUGUAACAGAAAAGAGGAAAAAUAUUAAAAUAUAUGUAUUUUUCAGGUACCAAAAUGAGUAUGUGGUCUUUUUAUUUGCCUGUUCAUUGAAAUGUAUAAGUUUCGAAAUUUCGGUUUGAA